UGCACCAUUUGCCUUCAGCCUAUCGCAGAGCGUGCGGUGGCCGUACCAUGCAACCACCUAGCAUUCGACUUUCUAUGCUUGGUGUCAUGGCUCCAAGAGCGCGCAACCUGUCCGCUGUGCAAAGCCAGUAUCACAGAGGUGCAGUACGACUGGCGGAGUCCGAAUGAUUUCAAGACCUACCACGUACCCCCGCCACCCUCUGCUGAGACCGGGGACACUGUAAGCAGGAGCAGGGGACAUGGUUCACAAAGAUCAACCCUGGCAUUCGUACGAAGGAGAUCCGGUGCAGGGUCGUCUCUUCACUGGGAAGAGGAUCCUGCCCUUAGACGACGUCGCCAUGUCUAUCACGAUCAUGCCUUCAGCUUACACGUUGGCGCGAACCCCGUCUCCGGAUAUUGCGACUUCACACCGAUAAUAUUCUCUGCCUCACCAGAGAUGCAGAGUCGCGCUCGCGCGUUCCUGCGCCGGGAGUUGCGAGUCUUCCGCUUUCUUGAUGCAGUCCCUAGUGGCGGAAGCCGUGGCUUCUUGAUCGAGUUCAUCAUCGCUGUCCUCAAAGUAAGCGAGCCGAAAGGCGCAGAUGGGCGCGCUGAGGACCUCUUGUCGGAAUCUGUGGGAAGAGAUAACGCGAGAUUGCUGUUGCAUGAGCUUGAAGCAUGGCUGAGAAGCCCAUACGCAAGAUUGGAAAAUUGGGAUCAAAUGGUGCAGUAUGCC